UUCAUUUAUCUGACCCGUGACUCAAACACCACUGCCCCUUAUGGGGCCAGGCUUUAGGCCCCAUAAGGGGGAUAAGAUAUAACUGAAUGUCCACGAUGAACCCGGAAGUUAAAGUUCACCUUAGUCCGACCCGGUUCGGUUGUAUAUCUAAACCCAGUUAAAUAAUAGAGUUCUGUACAAACCGCCCCCCGGUCCCAUAAUGAGCUUUUAUUUUGAAAACUGGAGCCGGAACCUGGAGCUUCUAUUUUGACAUAACUGGCCGGAAAUUUACCAGCUUCACUUAGACGGAAAUGAUGGUGUAACUUCCUGGAAGUAAACAUCAAACUUAGGAUCGAUUAUUGAUCAGCAGCAGAUUAAACAAACUUUUAACCUCGCGUCCAGUCAGAGGGCCGAAUCUGUACCCGAACCACGUUAAGUUCCGUCGGUCUCUGCUGCUGUAGCCACCGUUAGCCUAACCGAGCUAACGCGAUUCAACCCGGAGCUGACUUCACCGAAACGAACCGCAGCAGAACUUCGGAGCGGGUCCAGCAUGGGAGCUCAUCGCAGCGAGGGAGGCCGGGAGUGGCUGGAGCAGGUCGGAGCGGAACAUCUGGACCAGAACCCGAAGCCGUGGAACCUGAUGAUCAAACAUCGACACGUCCAGAGACGAGGACGGCGCUCACACACUGCAGUCAGCUACACGGAUCCCCAGGUGUCCAUGGACCUACUGAGGGCCGUACUUCAGCCCAGCUUCAACGAUGACAUCAUGGCGGUUUUCAGAAAGUACCAGAAGUUCUUUGAGAAGGCGGCGGAGAAUGUGAAGGAGAACGUCGGCAAAGACGUCCAGACGGACCAGCUGAUCCGGGAGGCCUGCAGGAACGUUCUGGAACAUGCCAAACAGCUGUUUCCAGAGGUGGAGGGGAAAAGAACAGGAUCAGAAGUCACGAUGAAGAGAUCCAGAGCAGCUGAUGAAGACUUUGUGAUCAGAGGAAAUAUUCUACCUAAGAAGAGGAAAAGUCGUCCAGGUCCGGUCGUCUCCUCGGACCGUUCCGCCAGCUACCCUCUAGUGAAGCCGAAGGCGGAGCCUGUGAAGAGGGAGGGGCCAAAGUGGGAUCCAUCCAGACUCAACGACGGCAGCAUGUUCGUUCUGGGCUCCAGAGCCAACAAGGCGCUGGGGAUGGGCGGAACCAGAGGGCGGAUCUACAUCAAACACUCCGACCUGUUCAAGUACGCCGCUGACGCCAAGGACAAGCAGUGGCUGGCAGAACGGCACCACAUGAGGGCCACAGGGGGCAAAAUGGCCUACCUUCUGAUUGAGGAGGACAUCCUGGAUCUGUCCCGCAGCGAUGAGUACAGGGACUGUCCGGACGUGCGGAUGGAUGAGCUGAAGCCGUUUGGCGUUCCUCCCUGGAUGGUGGAGAAGAUGCAGCGCGCCAUGGAGGCUCAGAGGGACAACGAGCCCUGAAGGUCACCUGACCCCGAGGCUCUGAUCAUGUGACCCCUCUGUAACAGUUAUGGGCCCGGCUGACCGCAGCAUCACAGGACUGUGUGAAUGAAAACAGGAGGCAGGGCUUUUAGGUUUGGUGUAUCUGUGUUGUUGAGUGAUUUGAAUAAAACCAGAUAAUUACAGCAGCACGAAGAGAGACGAGAUUAUUGACUCAGAAUAAAUUAAUUCCAAAAUCAUGAA